AUGCUUCAAAGAAUGUUUUCACCAUUUACCUUUGUUAAUUGUGCUUCUGUAUUGCUGCAAUUUCUUGCAGUUUUAGACAGAAACUGUUGGCUUUAUCAAGGCCAGACGUUGCAAUGGGCAAUCUAUAGGUACAAUGCAUGUUGGCUUCCAUUGCUUGCUAAACAUUCAGAGUCUAAAAUCACUGAAGGACCUUUAGUUGUUCCUCUUGAUUGUGAAUGGAUUUGGCAUUGUCACAGACUUAAUCUGGUUAGAUACAAAUCAGAUUAUGAAAAAUUCUAUGGAAGUAUUCUUGACAACUCUAAUGUUGUCUCUUCUAUUAAUCAAAGAACAUCAAGAAAGGAAACAAAAGAAACAUGGAACAAAUUAUACCCUAAUGAACCCUAUGAGUAUGACAUAUCACGUGCUUCCUCAAGUGAAUUUUCAGAAACUUUAUAUAAUGGAGGAACUCAAAGCUUUUCCAAAUAUGAUUUUGUUUUAGCUGUUGAAAGACAAAGCCCAUUCUUUUACCAGGUGUCAAGGCCUCAUUUCAAGAAAGAUCUGUUCCUUCAAGAUACACUUAUAAUCUCAUGA